AUGACAGAUGACAAGAAGAGUGAUACAUUAUUCUUUUAUAAAUCAGCAGUCAAGAUCGGUGAAUUGGAGAGAUAUGUCAUUACUUAUAACUUGUAUGAGGGAGAUACAAUACCGGAUGACUUGAGUUUAGAUUUAUUAUGGAUACAGAUUAAAAAUAUUGAGAGUUUAUCUUAUCGAGCUGCCUAUUUAGUUGGGCCUUUUACUCUUUAUUGUGAUGUCAAGACAGGUGAUUAUCAUCAUUCGCAAAAGAUAAUAUCAAGUUUAGAUCAACCUAAAUUUGAGGCUAAUUUACAAGCACAGCAAACUUUUCAAGCUGAAUUAUCUCUUCACACUAUUAAGAAACAAUAUGUAUGGAUUGUUGAUAUUAUGAGUCAGAUUGUUUUCACUACAAAUACUCAAACAGCAUUUGAAAUUAAGAUUACUAGGUCCAGGCAAUCCCUGUUUAAUAAUAAUUCAAUUGAUUCAGAGAUGGGGUCUCAUUCGCCAAGUUUAACAGUUUCAAGAAUGAAUACGUUGGAUAUUUGGAAUUUACCAAAAUCUUUGUGUAAUGCUAAAAAGAAGAAGCAUUUGGUUAUAUUGACACAUGGGCUACAUUCAAACGUUACUGCAGAUAUGGAAUAUACCAUGGAACAAAUUUAUAAAGCACAGGGGAAAUUUCCUAAUGAAGAGUUAAUAGUUCAAGGUUACACUGGUAAUGUAUGUCAGACCGAAAAAGGUGUGAAAUAUCUUGGAUCGAAUCUAGCCAAAUAUAUUGUUAAAGAAUUAUACGAUGAAUCAAUAGUUAAAAUCUCAUUUAUUGGCCAUUCUUUGGGUGGGUUAGUACAGACAUUUGCCUUAGCAUUCAUUUCUGUUAAAUAUUCAUGGUUUUUCGAGAAAGUUGAACCAGUUAAUUUUAUCACUAUAGCCUCUCCAUUGUUAGGAUUGGUAACAAAUAACCCAACGUAUGUCAAUAUGCUAUUAUCAAUGGGUGUCAUUGGAAGAACUGGCCAAGAUAUUAGUUUAGAAGCAUAUGGGAAGGAAGCCGAACCUCUCCUAUUUAAACUACCGGGUGAUCCUGUUAAAGAUGUAUUAAAGAAAUUUAAAAGAAGGACGAUAUACGCAAAUGCAAUUAAUGACGGUAUUGUACCAUUAUACUCAUCGUCUUUAUUGUUUUUGGACUACAAUGAUGUUUUAAACAAUUUAAAAAAAUUAUCAGAUUUUAAAAACCUUGAUAUCGAUAGUAGUGACAUAGAGUCAAUUUUCCAAUCUGAAGAAUUGAAUCAAGUAGAUCUAACGCAUACAAUUAAAAAAUCAUUUGUAUCUCCGUUUACAAAAAUAUUAAAUAGUUGGACUCCUCAUAAUUAUCAUUCUGCUGGACAUUCCAAAAUCCCCAAAUUAUCAAUGUUUGAAUCCGCAACAUCUGUAUUGAUGCCACCUUUACCUGACAAAAAUUAUAUUUUAGAUCCUAAUUCAAGAGAACCAAUUAUAGUUCACGAUAAAAUUUACACAGAGGCUGACUUGCCUGAUCCUAAUUCGUCAAAUAAAGAUGAUCUGCUACAUAGUGAUAACAUCCUUCUUAAGACAUUGACUAUAGCAAGAGGUGAUAAUAUUAGAGGUCAAACAUUGGAAGAAAGUAUUGCAAGAAAAUGGCAUGAAGGUCUCUCUUGGAGGAAAGUCAUAGUUGCAUUGAAACCAGAUGCACAUAAUAAUAUUAUUGUGAGAAGGAGAUUCGCAAACGCACAUGGUUGGUUAGUAGUUGACCAUUUAAUAGAUACACAUUUUUCUGGAGAUGACGAUAUUACAAGGAAUGAUACUAACCCAAUGGAUAUAACCACGAAAGACAUAAAAACAGCCAAUUCAUUGGAUAAUUCUACAGUAGAGCCCAAUAAGAAAUAUGCAUGGAUCACAAGAGUAGAUAAUUCAAGCGUAUUUGACGAAGGUCCCACUGGUAUGAUAUCCACUGUAAGCGAGAUGUUCGAUGUAUUUACAAAACGUAAGAUAAUAAUCACAAAUGAAAACAAUUCAACAACAGCAGCGACAUCGACUAACACUACUACAACUACCUCGACAUCUACAUAUACUAGCACGACAAAUAUCGAAGAAAGAAGAAAUUCAUUUGAAGCCUUUAAUAGCGAUUUUUUACUAUAA